UUGACUGGUACUGAUCAGUAUGGUUUUCAAAAACCAGGUACUUGGGAUUAUUGUUGGACAAUUCAGAACAGUUGUGGGGAUAUUCUUUUUAAUCUCACUGAUUGGUUAUAUAUGGAGUAUGCAAAGGAUAGUGGGUGUGAUGGUUAUGACGAUUCAAAAUCAAGUUAUUAUAGAAAUGAGUUAACUUGGGAUUGUGAUCAUUAUGAAGGUUUUAAAUAUAAAACUUGUAAGGGUAAAGAUAUUUAUAAGGAUAUGGUGAUUGAUUAUUCUGAAGAAAAACGGCUUAGUGAUAUGGGCCCUGAAAGUGGUCUUUAUGUAGUUAUUGAUGCAGGUUCGCCAGUUCCACAACCGCCACCAACUGUUGCACCAGCAACCACUGCUGCUCCUGCAACCACAACCUAA